AUGAAUAAGGAAAAUUUUAACAUCAUUCAAGAAUAGUAGAUAUUUUCAUUUCCUUUAUUAAUUUGUCAGGGUAGAACUUCCUUCAGUAUUAAAAAUCACAACUAUAAUCCUCAAUAAUAACUAGAUAUAAAAAGUAGUUAUAAAUCCUAAAGUUUUAACUUGCACUAAUUAUUUUGCGAUAAAUAACUCACCUCACCUUUCUCCCUGAAUAAACCGAAAUAUAUUUAUGUGAACUCAAAGCAGCAUAAGUGUGCAGGCCUGAAGUGA